AUGCUGUUUCGUCUACUGGGUUUUGUUUUGAUUGUCGGCUUGACGAGUGCCUCUCUACAAGAUGUGAAGAAUGACAUUAAAAGCGGAAAAAAGCCGAUGCAUGGAGUGAACUUGGGUGGAUGGCUUGUUGCUGAACAUUGGAUGACGCAAGGUUCCCCAGCUUGGAUCGGUGUCCCAGACGAUGUCGCAAAUGGUGGAGAAUAUCAAACAAUGAAAUAUCUCGGACAUGACAAGGGUGAUGGUCAAUUCAACGAGCAUCGUCGAACAUUCAUCACUGAGAGUGACUUUCAAGAGAUCGGUUCAUAUGGAUUGAACACAGUGAGAAUCCCUAUUGGAUAUUGGAUUGUCGGAUUCGAUAAUACUGGAGGAGGUGAUGCAAAUGGUUGGAAAGUGUGGGCACCGGGAGCGCUCGACUAUCUGGAUAUGGCCAUUCGUGAGUGGGGACCAAAGCACAAUGUUCUCGUAUUCAUCUCAAUUCACGCGGCAAAAGGAAGUCAAAAUGGAAACGAUCACAGUUCACCCGAGAAUCCAGGCCACGCCUAUUGGUCGACUUAUCCGGAGAAUGUUGUGAACACGCUUGACGUGGUUGAAUUUCUUACGAAGAGAUACAAAGAUGAAGUGGCUUUUCUUGGAAUCGGCCUCCUGAAUGAACCAGUUGGACAAGACGAGAAUGUUCUCAAACAGUAUUAUUAUGAUGCAUAUGGAAGAGUCAGAAAUAAUCAGGGAUCCGAUUGCCUUCUCUCAACAUCACCGAUGCUCAAUGAACAAAGCCCCGGUAUGGGUGGAUGGGACAAUUUCAUGCCAGCCGGUCAAUUCUACAAUAUCCGACACGAAUGGCACAAAUAUCUUGUGUGGGGAUUCGAGGAGUCGAAUGGAUGGACCGCUGAGAAGGUGAUUGAUUAUGCGAAUAACGGAAUGGCCAAUGAUUUCAACAAUUGGCAUGGGAAUUGGAUUUUCGUCGGUGAAUGGGCUCUGGCAACAUCUGUCAGUAUGAAUGAUGAUCAGAUGAAGAGACUUUCGACGGCCGAAUUGAACACUUUCGGGAAAGCAGUCGGCGGAUGGACAUACUGGGCCUGGAAACAAUAUGGAGAUGAUGGAUCGGGGAAGAAUGGAUGGAGUGCGAAACAAAUGUUCCGACAGGGAUUCCUCCCGCAUUUC